UGUAAUCGCCCUUUUAAACAACGUUGCCCUUUUAAACACGCACUCAAGGCGCACGCGCAGCUGUCUCAGGCGCGCAGGCGUAGAAACCACGGCGGAUGUUUACGGCGGCUGAGUACGGAGCGGCAAGAGGGCCACGAACGCUCUGGAGUACCUGCUGUCGGGUCCUGCACCGGCGGGCCGUGGAGCACGAUCGCUGAGUCUGUCCUAAGUGUGAUCUUGAACAUGGGCGGUGCUGUGAGUGCUGGUGAGGAUAACGAUGAACUGAUCGAUAAUUUGAAAGAAGCACAGUAUAUCCGUACAGAACUGGUGGAACAGGCUUUCAGAGCUAUUGAUCGUGCAGAUUAUUAUCUGGAGGAAUUUAAAGAAAAUGCUUACAAAGACUUGGCGUGGAAACAUGGAAACAUUCACCUUUCAGCCCCGUGCAUCUACUCAGAGGUGAUGGAGGCCCUGGAUUUGCAGCCGGGUCUCUCGUUUCUGAACCUGGGCAGUGGCACUGGCUACCUCAGUUCCAUGGUUGGCCUCAUUUUAGGUCCUUUUGGUGUGAACCAUGGGGUGGAGCUUCAUUCUGAUGUGAUAGAGUAUGCAAAACAGAAACUGGACUUCUUCAUCAGGACAAGUGACAGCUUUGACAAGUUUGACUUCUGUGAACCCUCUUUUGUUACUGGUAAUUGCCUGGAGAUUUCUCCAGAUUGUUCUCAGUAUGAUCGAGUGUACUGUGGGGCUGGUGUGCAGAAGGAACAUGAAGAAUACAUGAAGAAUCUUCUCAAAAUUGGAGGGAUUCUUGUCAUGCCUCUGGAAGAGAAGUUGACCAAGAUAACACGCACAGGCCCUUCUGCUUGGGAAACCAAAAAGAUUUUGGCUGUUUCCUUUGCCCCUCUCAUCCAGCCCUGCCACUCAGAGUCAGGAAAGUCCAGACUUGUCCAGCUACCACCACUUGCUGUGCGCAGUCUCCAGGACUUGGCCCGGAUUGCCAUCCGGGGUACCAUUAAGAAGAUCAUUCAUCAGGAAGCUUUGAGCAAAAGUGGACAUGGACUGAAGAACACCCCCAGGUUUAAACGAAGGAGGAUCCGCCGCCGUCAAAUGGAAACAAUUGUCUUUUUGGACAAAGAAGUCUUUGCCAGUCGUAUUUCCAACCCCUCCGAUGACAACAGCUGUGAAGACUUGGAAGAGGAACGGCGGGAAGAAGAGAAGACCUCAGCAGAAACCAAGCCAGACCCUCCGGUGAACUUCCUCCGCCAGAAAGUCCUGAGCCUUCCUCUGCCAGACCCCUUGAAAUACUACUUGCUUUAUUACAGAGAAAAAUAAAUCUCCCAACUGAAAAGGGGAAGUGAGAAAGAGCCAAUUUCAAGCCUGACUGUGCUGCCUGUCUGCUACUGAGGGGUCUCCUGGGAGCAGAUGCCAUGGGGAAGGAAACUGCGAUACCCAUCCAUAUUGUAAUUUUCUUUUUCUAGUUCUUGAUUGUUCUCUAAAAUUUUGAUUCAGUAAUGUGAUUUAUUUGAACAUAAUCUGAUAAGACAUAAGAAGAGUGCUUUCCUCAAGUGGGGGAGAUCUUAUCUCCCUCUGCCGACACAUGUAUGGUGGGAUCUUAAACUCCUGCACACCAGGUGCAUGUUACACAUUACAAA